AAAGUACCAAACUCUUCUUUCCAUCCAAACAGUUUGGAGAAAACACACACACACACACACACACACCAAGUAAAGGGCUCAUGCAAAUGAGAAAACCUGCAGAGCCCUUUAUGGGGAAGAAUAUCAAUAUUGGUGGUGGUAACACUAAUAGUAGUAGUAGCAAUGUGAGUAAUAACAGCAAUGAAAUCAGCAACAAUGGAGGCGGCGGAGGAGGCGGAGGAGUGAAGCUGAGAAAAGGGUUGUGGUCGCCGGAAGAAGACGACAAGUUGAUGAACUACAUGCUUACAAAUGGACAAGGAUGUUGGAGUGAUGUUGCAAGGAAUGCAGGUUUACAGAGAUGUGGGAAGAGUUGCAGACUUAGGUGGAUUAACUAUUUGAGGCCUGAUCUUAAAAGAGGAGCAUUUUCACCUCAAGAAGAAGAGCUCAUUAUCCACCUCCAUUCAAUCCUUGGUAAUAGGUGGUCUCAAAUUGCGGCCCGGUUGCCCGGACGAACCGACAACGAGAUCAAGAACUUUUGGAACUCAACAAUAAAGAAGAGGCUUAAGAUGAACUCAUCCUCCUCACCGAACAACAGUGAGAAUUCAUCUUCAUCGGACGUGAUCAUGGCGACCGCUGCGGGGCGUUACAUGUCGAAUAUUCAAGAACAAACCAUGUACGGAAUGUACAACAACAACAUGGCGGCCGAUUCGACUAACUCCUCAAAUUCAGCUUCAUCUUCCAGGCCAACAUCAAUGGCAGCUCAUGGUAACAUGAUUAAUGAUCCAUUGGCAAUAUUUGGUGCUAAUAAUGCUGGCACAACUAACUACUUUAACCCUCAAUCUUGGAUGGUUGAUCAGAGUUCCAUUUCUUCUGGUAGUUCUCUUUAUAAUUAUGAUGAGAGAGCCAAUAUUUUUGGAGCAAACAACAACAACAUUAUAAAUGGAGGAGGAGAGGAUCAUCAUCAAGGACAAGUUUUCGUUCCAACAACAUUAAACGUUGAGAAAAACGCCACCGCGAAUUUCAACCCGGAUAGAAACCCUAACAUAGGGGCUGGAGGAGGAGGAGGAGGAGGAGGAGGGUUUGGAGGUUAUAAUAAUUGGGAAGGAUCUGAUGAAUUAAGGUCAGUUGGGGAAUGGGAUUUUGAGGAACUUAUGAAAGAUGUUUCGUCUUCCUUCCCUUUUCCUCCUGAUCAUCAACUUCAAAAGACUAGCUGGUGAUCAAUCACUAGUCCGGUGGGUUGGAUCCAUAUAUAUAGCUUAGUGUUCCGGUUGGAAAGACACUUUAGGGUUACUGGUUUUAUCUGGUCCGGUCCGGUCGUAAAAGGGUUUUUCCGGCAAGUAGAAAAGAUCUGGGAGCUCGACAAUUUGCUUGAAGCUUUGGAGAUUUCAUAUACAUUUCUUUUCUCUCUUUCUCUCCUUACCUUUAAGCCAAAGAUUAUAUGUUUCCAGAGGGUGUCUCGUUAAUUUCUUGUAGAGGAUUUUUUUUUUUCUGGUACACAAUGCAAAGGAAAAAGGAACAAAGUUGUAGAGAAUUUAUAUAUUGUUAAUCGGCCUGGAGAUACAAAAUUGAAUUAUGAUCAAUAAGGCCACAGCUAUAUAUGCAGCCACGUACAAAGAAAGUAAUGGUGGCCUUGUAAUUAGUAACUAGAGUUUUUUUUUUUCGUUAUUCUUUUUUCUUUUUGUAAGUUUACUUUUAGACAUACAAGAAGCUUUUGUCACGAGCUUCGUUUCUCUCUCUGUAAUAAUCAUUCUCAUACUUGUGGACAUUUUGUGGA